GCGGGAAGCCGAACGAGCCAAAAAAAAAGCAAAGAAAAAUCGGCGGUGCAAACUCCAAGUUUUUGCGUUUAAUUUUUGCGAAAAAUUCCACAAAAUAGCUCGCCUUAGCGACCGCAAAUACUUGCCUUCGGCAAUUUACGACCCGCGGAACCGUGCCCGCUAGUUUGUUGCCCCGGAGUGCCGUUUUUCGCCCGUUAAAAGUCGAAUCAUUUUUCGGCCCCCAUUUUUUUUUGUCGGUCAUUUUGGUCAAAACAGAGAGAGUUGAGUUGUCUGCUGACGCGUUGACCCCACCGGAACCACCGACGACCCCGUAGGUUGAGAAUUUCACACGACGCCCCACCCCGCGCACCGACCGGCCGUGAUGCUAUGCUAAUUCUUGUUUUGAUUGGAACAGUUCAGAUUGGUCGCGCACUCCUCCAAGGGCUUCGGCAGCAGCAACAAGACCGGCAGAUUCCGGAAGGACAACAGGUUGUGGAAGAGCGUUCGGAGGGUAGCAGCAGGAUGAGUAAAACGAACACUUCGGGCGCGAGCAGCCUGGCCUCGACGGCGAUCGUGUUCAACAAGGACGAGAAGCAGCACUGCUUCGAGAUUAACGGGCGGAACGUGACCGUGUUGGGCAGUUUGGGCAAGCACGACCAUGGGAGCUCGAAGGUGAAGCUAAAGAACAUCGUGGACUACAAGUGGGAGCAGCGCAACUAUCCGGGCCGGUUGAUUGCGUGUCACGGCGAGGGGAAGCUGAUUGCGUACGCGAUUACCGUGAAUCACCGCCAGACGCCUGAGGGAAUGGUUCGGAUCGUGCACUUGGGACUCGGUCAGCGCGCGCUGAUUAAGGGAAUGUCCGGCGAGGUGUUGGAUCUGCAGUUUGCGCACAGUUCGUCGCAGAUUCUGCUCGGGAUCAUCGAGCAGAUCGCGCUGCACGUGCACAGCGUCAAGAUCGAGAACGAGAAGAUCGUGUGCUCGAUGCUGCUGAAGGUGAACGAUCCGCUCGAUGGGCACGUCCCGACGCGGGACAAGAUCUCGUGGUGUCCGUGUCUGCCGGACAGCACCCACGACGCGGACGAUUACGCCAGCCAGCUGCUGGUGUGGAGCCGCGGGGACAUUUUCCAGUGCUACAGUAUUAGUACCGUGGUUCAGCACUACGGCGCGGGCGAAAUCUCCGGCAAGGACAUCUCCGAGGGCGGGUUCAAGUUCCAGGACUCGCUGCCGCUGAUAAUGGGGAUCUUCUCGGCGGACGGAACGACGCUGGCGGUCAGCUGCGAAGAUGACGUCAUUCGGUUCUACCAGGUGUACAAACACACCAACGAUGGGAACCCGCGGUGCCUGCACAAGUGGAAGCCGCACGGCGGCAAGACAAUCAGUAGCUUCUUCUUUUUGGACAAUUAUACAGAUCAAACCCUCUGGAAGCACGCGAUAACCUGCGCGGAGAACAACACCGAAAUCAAGGUCUGGUGCUGCGAAACCUGGGAGUGCACCCAGACGAUCAAGUUCAUUCCGUCGAUCGAGCAGCCGCUCUGCUUCAAGGUCGAAAUCGACCCGACCUCGUCGUACCUCGUCCUCUCCGACAUGACGACCCGCGAGUUGUACGUGCUGCAAGUGCGCAAAGACGCCAGUCUGCCCAGCAACGGAGCCGCAGCCAUCACCACCAACGGCAAAUCCCCGGAAGGCGGAGGAGACACCAAGUCCGACCACAACUCGACCUCGCUGUCCAACAUCAGCUCCGCCACGAGCGCGAGCAAUUCAACCAGCAAGGCGUACAUCUCUUCGAUCGCGGAGUUCCCACUUUCGUCGCCCAUCCUCAGCUUCGGCAUCCUGGACGUGGCCGUCCGGAUGUGCAAAACGAGCGACGCCUACCUGAUCGAAGAGCUGGAAGAUUACGACGAGGAAAACUCGUCCCUUUACUGCGUCGUCAUCCGGAUGUUCCUGGUCCAACCGAAGAGCGUCCAAGAGUGCCACCUGUUCUACCAACCGAACGUUACUUUCGGCACGGACGUGCGUAGUACGCUCUCCAGCAUCAGCAGCUCCGACUACAAGAACGUCUCGCUUUCGUCAAUUUCCAGCGGCUUGGCCGCCAAAGAGACAACCCCAACCAACGGCCCAGCGGAAGCCUCCCUCGUUCCAAUCAUCCCGGAAAACAACACCAGCACAACAACGGAGCCAACCAACGAGCUGAAGCGAAUCCUUUCGCCAAACGUAAUCGCCGAUCCGGCCGCCAUCCGAGCGGUGGCCAACACCAGCGGAAGUUCCGCCGGCAGCGCCCAACCCAAGGUGACCCUCAUGACGCCGGAUUCGUUCGCUGCGACCAGCGAAAAGUCCAACGCAGACACCGAAGCCGUCAAUCCGGACGUCCUCAACACGCUGUUUAUGCUGGCGAACGCCACCAAGCAGCAGCAGCUGAAGACGAACGCGCCUACGGCGGCGUCGGCCGCGGCCACCGGAAGUUCACCGAACGACACCCUGCAGGCGGACAAGCAAUCGCCGCUGAACAUGCUGAACAUCGUCAACAGCACCAUGAUCGAGGAGCAGGAGCAGGCCAAGGUGCGCAAGUCGGUCGAGUUGCAGCAGAAGGUGGCGGCGAUGCAGGAAACGCCCCCCGUUCCGCCGAUGCCGUCGGCGGAGAUGUUGGCCAGCGGCGGGUCCAGCCCGAGCCGGGAAGUGCAGGAGAUCCUGUCGCUCAAGGACAACGACUGUCUGAACGAGUACUACGACUCGGACAACAUUCUGCUGGACGAAACGGACGGCAUCGGGGCGGACGACGAUGAGUUGAACGAUCUGGAGAAUGAAAUCAUCGAAGAUCUGGACGACGACGAAGGGUACAACUUCAAGAACAUUGACGACGAUGAUGACGAGGAGGAGCUGGGUCAGAGAAGGGUUAGCACGCAAAAGUCGGCGCCGGUGCCUGCUCCGCAGAAGGUCGUCCCCGAGGUCAAACCCAUCAACAAAGAACCGGUUGCACCGGUGGCCACCGCCGAGCAGGUCACGAUCAAGAGUGAACCGAAGAGUAGCAUCGAUUGGCCAAAGGUGCCGGAAGUGCCACAUCCACCGCAGACCACCUUCCUCGGAUCGAACCCGCAAGCGGUACCGGUUCCAGUCGCCCCUGCGCCACCACUGAUCGUGACCGUUCCGCAAAACUCCAAACAUCUGGAGGAAAAACUCGACCGACUGCUCGACAUUGUCCAAGCACAAUCCCGCCAAAUCUCCGACCUUCGCACGCAGCUGCACGAGCAGCAAAACAAAAACGCCGAAGAGCUGAACCGAUACCAGGCCAGCCUCGGUCAGGUCAAGCAGAGCAUCAACACCCGAAUUACGGAACUGGUCACGCGGUACGACCAGAAGGUUCGCGCCGAAACGCAACUCGCCAGCCACAACCAGAUCUUGCAGAUCCGCGACAUGAUCACGCAAACCCUACCGGCCAUCAUGGCCAAAGGCAUCUCCGAUCGCGUCAUCCCGAUGAUCAUGACCGAGCUGAACCGCUCGAUGCUGCCGAUGAUCGGCUCCAAAAUCGACCAGAUCGCGACCCAGAUGAAGAUUGAGCUUGCGAGCAAGAUUCAGCACACCGACCUGACGAUGCGCAACACGAUCGACAUCGUGUGCCGCAGCCAGAGCUUCGUCGAAGCCGUCGGCAACUCGAUACAGGCCGGCGUCCGGAAGGGCCUGGAGCAGGUCUACCAGGAAUCUCUGCGCAACAUCAUUCUGCCCGGGUACGAGCGCUCCUCGCAGGAACUGUUCCGCCAGCUGAACCUGACCUUCUCGGCCGGCACGAAAGAAUACGUGCAAAAGCUCGACCAGUACGUCGCACAACAGAAAACCGUCACCGACCGCACCCAGGAGCUGGCCGAACUCAUCAAGAAGGUUCCCGAGCAGGUCAACGGCACCGCCGACCGGCAGAACAAGGCCAGCACGACGGUCCUGCGCGAGGACAUCGGCCGAGACUUUAAGGUGCUGCAGACGAACCUGCUGAAGAUCCUGCGCGACACCAUCCGGCAGGAGAUCGAAAAGGGCCUCGAAGCGCAGGCUUCCUCCCUCGAGGACUCCGUUCUGUCCGCCGUACGAUCACAGGCCCAAACACCGGCCCCGUCCAUGGUGGACGUGCAGGAACAGAUCCGCCAGAUGCUGACCCACGCCCAGAUCAACAAGGCCUUCCACAAAGCGCUGCUCUCCAACGAUCUGAGCCUCGUCGAGUUCACCAUGGAAAAGGCCGAGUUCCGGCUCGUCUUCAACCCGUGUCCGCUCGAGCAAACCGUACUGCUGUCGCUGAUCCAGCAAAUCUCCGCCGACAUGUCCAACUACAACGACCUGAAGCACAGGUACCUCACCGAGUCGAUCAUCAACCUGCGGUGGACCGACCCGAUCACGAAGGAGCACGCCCCGAAGGUGAUGCGCGAGCUGACCCAAAACUGCCAGAACUUUUUGGCGGCCAACCCGACCAGCUCGCUCGCGACCGGCCUGCGGAUGCUGCUGAUGGGCAUCCAGGCGCUCGGCCUCAAGCAGAUCUGAUACAAGCCGACGCUGCUGUGGGGGAGAAGCGGUGCCGCGGACUGAGGGGCUGGAGAGCACACAUGUUCGUUUUACUUUCUUUUCCUGUUUUUAAAGCGUUUUCUUCUUAUUUUUUAUCUGAAAUUUGAAUUCGAUGCUCGAAUAUCAGCCAAAAAUUUCGAAAAGUUCUGAAAGUUCCGAGGGAAGAUCGUCACGCGUAAACUUUUUAUUUUGUCCAAUAAAUACUCUAGCUUCAUAUUA